AUUAAAUAACUAAAAAUAAAAACUAUGAAAAUUAAGAACAAAGGGGAAUCUUCUCUAAACCCAAUUUCUUUCUUCCUCUGAUCGAAUCUCGAAUUACCCAUUCAUCAAAUCCAUGAUCAUGGAUCCGCACGACCUCGGAUUCUCCACUUACCUAGAUACUUACGCCUCCCAGAUUCCUUCUGAUGAAUCCAUCAUGUUCCCCAAUUCCGACCAUCAUCAUCGAAUUCAAAACAACCCAUCCUCCGCCGCCGUCGAUUGGGCUAAUAAUUCCCAGGAUCAUCAGUUCUUCAGCGCAACGCCCUUCGACCCACUGGACAGCAUCCAUAGCCACAGCCUCGGCAGUUUUGGACUUUCCUUCACCUUGAGUCCAGGCGGUGAGUCGUUCCUCUUCUCCACCGAUUCCCAAUUGGCGACGUCCGGCUGGAGCCCCGAAGCAGAGGAGCAGCUCCGACACAUCUGACCCAAUCUCCAAGACUCCCAGAACGACGUCGCGAUACCUCUCCCUGGAAAUGGAGCCCAACGACCCAAUCUCAAAGUGUGAUAUUGGGGAGAAAAAUAGGAUCAGAGCUGAAAAUGAAAGGGGAAGAAAUAGUUAUGUUCGCA